AUUUCUUUUAUGAUAACCCUACGCAUUCUGCUAUCUGAAGACAGUAAAUCAUCGUUUCCUUGAAUAGUGCUGUCGAUUUCAUUUGUCACGUUUCAAGAUGAUCACGAACAGUACUGCUUACCAACUAGUCAGAUAUGUGAUUGUGUUGUAUCCAUAAUUUGUAGAAGUUUCGCAAUUUAUUUAUACCCCCUUGUUUAUAUGUGACUCAGCAUUACGCGCUUGACUGCUGAGAGUUCGUUGGCGUGUUAUGGUUAACCGUCGUCAUGGUGAUAUGUGGAAGUAAACAUGAUAGUGAGGAAAGUCGUAAGCUCUUGAGAAGCAUGGAAAAAAUUAAUGAACAGAAGCAUGGAACUGCAUUCCAGCAUGUACGUGAAAACAUUGAGGACCUUAAUGGAAAAGUUGGUGCUAGAGAUACAGACAUUAUUUUUUUAAAGGGCUUAAUGGAAUCACCUGUUGUCAGUUCUCUGGUUAAGGUUCAGGAUCAGUUAGAGGAUAGUUCUGAAUCUGUCCAGCCUGUUAGCAUAGGAAAUAGUAAGCUGCUAAGAGAGGUACGAAAGAUUUGUUGUGGUGUUUCAAGCAAAGAAUCUCAAGAAUUAGUGAAGAUUUUAAAUGAUCCUCAUUUAGAGGCAAUGAUUGAAGCACAUGAUAUUGUUGCAAGCAAAAGGUAUGAAUCUCCGGAGCCAUCUCCUCUCGCUCCUGUUUUUACUACCCCUAUAAUUCAAAGCAAUGGCCCAACAGCUGAAGCUAUUAGAAUGGUUGGAAUACGGAAGACUGAUGAAGAGCCUUUGGGGAUUACUGUUCGAAAUGAAGAACAUGGCCUUGUUAUUGCCAGGAUUCUAGCAGGAGGCAUUAUAGAUCGCCAAGGCCUGUUAAAUGUGGGUGACACAAUUCUAGAAGUUAAUGCCGUGGAAGUGCAUUCUCCUUUAGACUUACAGCAACAGCUACAAAGGUCUAUGGGUAGUGUAACAUUUAAAAUUCGUCCAUCAAACACUGAUAUCAUUACUCCAGCUCAGACUUUUGUGAAGGCACUUUAUGCAUAUGAUCCGUCCAAGGAUUCUCUUUUACCGUGUAAAGAAAUAGGACUUGCUUUCAAACAAGGUGAUAUUCUCCAAAUAUUAAAUCAAGACGAUCCUAAUUGGUGGCAGGCAAGGAGAUUAGAUUCUCUUGGUCAUGCUGGAUUAAUACCGUCUCAAGAGUUAGAAGAACGAAGGCGUGCUUUUGUUCGACCUGAAUAUGAUCAUGCCACUAAAAGCACAAUGUGUGGCACGAAGAUUACAAAAAAGAAACGCAAAACUAUGUAUCAAAGUAGAGCAAAUGCAGAAUUUGAUAAAGCUGAAUUGCUUUUGUAUGAAGAAGUUGCACGUAUGCCUCCAUUUGAAAGAAAAACUCUUGUUCUUCUUGGUGCUCAAGGUGUUGGGCGUCGAUCCAUGAAAAAUAGGUUAAUCAAAGAGGAUCCAGCUAAAUUUGGAACUCCUGUUGCUCAUACUUCAAGACCUAUAAGAGAAUCGGAGCAAGAUGGAAAGAACUAUUUUUUUGUAACUAGAGAAGCAAUGGAGGCUGAUAUAGCUGAAAAUAAAUAUUUAGAGUAUGGCGAGCAUAAUGGUCAUUUGUAUGGAACGAAAUUGGAAUCUGUUAGAGCCAUAAUUCGUGCUGGCAAAAUGUGUAUUCUAGAUUGCAAUCCUCAGGCUCUGAAGAUUCUUAAAACAUCUGAAUUCAUGCCUUACGUCGUAUUUAUUGCUGCUCCACCUAUAGAUCAAUUGAAACAUAUGCAUGAGUUUGGCAGGCAUCAUAAUUACAGCAGUAAAAACCUCACGUUUGAUCGUGCUAUGGGUCGGCAUGGAUCAAGACGUGCCAGAACAUUGGAAAGCUUAGCAUCAUUAUAUGAGGAAGAAGAUUUAAGAAAUACAAUAGAAGAAAGUGCAAGAUUGCAGCGUGCAUUUGAGAAAUAUUUUGAUUUGGUUCUUUUGAAUACAAAUUUUGAUAAAACAUAUGAACAGCUGAAAGAAGCUAUAGAAUCUCUAUCAACAGAGCCUCAGUGGGUUCCAAUAUCUUGGGUUUAUUAAGCCCUUGCUCUCUUUUUUGAGUAAAUAUGUUUUAUAUCAAGAUUACUGAAAUCAAUUCUAGUUUUUCAAAUGAGAGAUCUGUUUUUAAAGCUGUUCUUUCACAUAUUUGUUGCAUUAUCUUUUGUAAAUUAACAUGAAUCCACAUUGUUAAUUAUACCAGAAAAGUAAAAAUGCUGUCUAUAAAGAAUAAAAAAGUAUCUUCAUUAAUGGAAAGGAAUGCUUAAUACAGUUCUACAGCAGAUCUUGAAAAAUGUGCUUGACGUUUUGCAUGCUAAUUCAUGUUUGUCUUCCAUAUUUCUGUAAAAAUUCAUUCCUCAUAAUAAAUUACUUGUUUGUUGAUAAAAAUGUAUCAAAAAGCACCAAAAGUUUUUAUGUAUGAAAUAAAAUUUCUUUCAAUAAAAUGCAGUUCAUUUUGAUAGAUGAAAAAUAAUGAAAUCAUGAGUUUUGUAGGUUUCACCCUGUUUAUUUUGCAUGUUUAGUUGAAAUUUAUAAAAAAUUUUAAUUAUUUGAGAGUUUAUUUUAAUAAUUACAUUGUAAAUAUAAGGAAAUACUUAUCAUUCUGAGUGAAGUAAUCUAUUAAUGUUGUACAUAAAAUAUGUUCUAUAGUAUAUAUUGUCACAUGAAAGAAAGUUAUAUGUCAUGCAUAUUUUUCAUGCUAGUUGAUUAUGCAGUUGGGCAUAAAAGUUGCAUUACAUAUUUCUAAAAACACUGCCAGUCUGAAUUUCUAUACAAAGUGUGGCAAAAUGAGUUUCAGGGCUUCAGUUGUAAUGUAAACUUAACGGCUAAAAUUUAUUAGUAAGUAGUUUUGAAAGAAUUACACCAGGACAGCAAUAUUAUAAUUGUUUUGUGACUAGAUUUGAAACAGUUGUUCUGAAUAAUAAAAUUUCAAAUAGAAUUCUCAGAACAUUAAGUUAGAAUGGAAGUCUGUGUUUAAGAGGAGGGAAGAUCCCAUUCCCGUGAAAAAAAUAUAUUUAGUAUUGAUAAUAAAUAAUUCUAAAUUUUUUUAUGCGUGAAAUUAUGAGAUAAGCAGUAUAGUAAGUGAAACAAAAGUAUGCAGGGUGUUUGAGAAUAUUUUUUCAAAUACAACCAAAAAUUGUUUGCAUGUUGAGGAAUGCGAAGCAAAGUUUUUUAAAAUAGCCUUUUAUUAUGAACAUGUCAAAGGAUUCCUUCUGGUUCUACUUUUUUAGCAAGUUUCUUUCUAGAACUUUUAACUGUAGAAAGUAUACAACUUUUAUUUGUAGAAGGCUGAUGAACAUUAUUACAUCAUAACUGAUAGAAAUAGCCAUAACAUUUAUUCAAACCACCACAUAAUAUUCAUUUGCCUAUAGACAUACAUAGGCAAAUACAUGUCAUUUCCCUAUGUAUGUCUUACAUAGUCAAUUGAUGUGCUGCAAAUGGCAAACGUCUGUGCCAAUGUAUGAGAAUGUUUGACCCCACGUCAAGUAACUGCAGUACCUGAAUUUGAGGACAGAGGAAGACAUUUACAUCAGAAAACCAGCUUGGUUGAAUGGAAACUGUCAAAUUUAGGGGUAGGAAUUAACAUUUAUUCCUAUCAAAUUAAAUAUUAGUGAAUAAUAAUUAUUUUCAUCUUUUUUUAAAAGCGUUAGGGAAUUAUCAUCUUCAUCUUUAUUGCCAUUAUCCUGCCUCUUUCCACAUUAAAGUAUUAUCUUACUGUCUUCACCUAAAAGGUUGCAUUAUUUUAUUCUGAUAAAUAAAACCUUGAGUCACGUUAUUUAUUUACGUGUACUUAGGGAGAUUACUGAUUACGUCUGGUCAUAAAAAAUAUGACUAACUUUUCAUUUUAGGAGUUUUUAAAAGUAGAACUGGCAUCAAAGAUAGGAAGAGAAGCAAAGUAAUUAGCUUUUUGUUGGUCUGAUUGUCAGGCUAAAAGAAAGUUUUACGUCUAAGAAUAUGCUUCAUUAAUAGCAGUUCUUUAUCAUACAUUUGACUAAUAGUUUAGGAAGCAAUCUGAUAGUGUUUUAAGGGAACAUAUAAGAGGUUAAAAAAUUUAUAAAAGAAAAUGCUGCUUUCUAGUAUUCACAUAAGCAUCUCAUAUAUAUGUAAAUAUAUACAUAUUUAUACAUGUGUCUUUUCUAUUUGUAUAUAUAUAUAUAUAUAUAUAUAUAUAUAUAUAUCUUUUCUAUUUUCAUACAGACAUGUAAUAUAAGGCAGCUAUUUUUAAAAUAACGCAUUAUAUCCUAGUUGAGCUUUUAUUAAACAUUCAGAAUUUUGAGCAUUAUUUUAAAAUCAUCUUUCUGUGGUAUUUAGGCAAACCUACACUAAUAAGGAAAUCUUAAUUAUCUAAUAACAACAGUUUACACUUGCAGCUUUUUUUUUCAUGUGUACACAAAUGCAUGCAUGCAUAGUUUCAAGAAAUGAUUUAUAGAAGAGUUGAGGCAUUAGUUAAUCUCAUGCUAGUCAUCUUGUUGAGAUAUUUUAUUUCUACUCUUUAUUUGCAAUGCUGUAGUCCUGGAGCUUACUACCACUUUGUAGGUGCUUCUGUUAGUUAUGUUUGACAGAAUGCUGGAGAUUUCUAGCACAGAGUAUCAAAUUUGAGAAAUGUCUUAUUUUUGUUAACAUUAUUAAGCUGAAUUUGAAUAUUCAUUAAGCAGUUAUGGCUUUACACCAUGCUUUUAUAUGUGUCAAAGCAGAUUGGCAGUGCAGUCUUAUUUUCCAGUCAUUGUUAUUAAUUGAAUAAAUUUAUUUGAAAUAUAAAUGAUUUAGAAACUAGAUAUUAGUUUUAAAAGAUAUCCUACUUGACCAUCUAUUUUUUAAUUGAGAACUUUAUAAGCAGAAUUUUUAAAUUUUUGACAAUCACAAUUUAGCAUUCCAUUUUGUUUGCGCUUUAACUCCAUAUAUUUAUAUUCAUAAUGUUUUUAUAGUGUAUUGAAUAUUAGUUGAACAGUUCUAAGUUGUUACUGUUUGCUGAUGUUAAUAUUAAAUCUGGUGCUUAAAUGACUAUGUAAUGUUAUCAAAAUAAUUUAUAUCAUUUCAUUGUGUUUACAGAUACACUGCAAUGUUAUUCUCACUCCCAAUUUUAUUGGCAGCAUAUUUUUCAAUUAGUUAGAAUUAGAUUGUUUUUUUAAAUAUUUAUAUAUUUAUAAUUUUAUCAGAUAUCAACAUUGUUAAUUUGUUGCCCUUAUUUUGUUGAAUUUGGUGAUGGAAUUUUUCUGAACUUGUUAUACUUGUAGGUUGUAUUUUUAUGGUAUGAAGAUAUGAUUUUUAAAAAUAGUUGAAUAAUUAUUUAUGGGGAAACAAGUUUUCACUGUCCUCUUUUUUUCAAGGUAGCUUUUCAUAUUUCAAGUGCUGAAACUGAUUGUUGACUUCCCCCCCCCUUGUAUAUAAGUAUUUUUUAUAUGGAUUAAUGUGAAAUUAUUUUAUUUGCUCUGUCUUAGCUGUCAUGCUUUAAAAAAUGUAAUUUUGUAUUCAUAAAAUUCUGUGUCUGAUGAAAGGAGACGUGUAAUUAAAAUUUAUAAUAUACAGUUUAUUUUUAAUUUGUACUUUCAUUAGGAGAAGUAAAUAAAUACAAUCUAACCAUUCUUAAGUUUUGCUUUUCAGAGUGAUUCCAAAAAUAUGACACUUGCAAAGAAGAUAUUUUUCUACAUGAUGUUUUAUUUUAUCUUUUAUAUUUUGAUCAUGCAUUGUAUUUACGUAGUCAUGUGGUAUUUGUUAAAUCUAGAUACCAAACUUCUAACUUCUGAGACAGCCCCAAGUUUUAUAAAUAUAUUUUAUUUCUAUUUUACAUCAAAUCCUAAUUAAAGCGAAAUGUUGCAUUUUUUCAUUCAUAUUUUGAUCAUUUAUUUUGUUUACUAUAAAAAGUGAUUUGAUAGGCUUAGAUUUUUUUUUCUCCUGUGUAUUGGUAUUUUCAUAUACUGUUGAUUCCUAUGCAUGAUAAUGUGCAUUCAGUUUUUGAGCAAAGAAUGAAUUCAUUUCAAAGGAAGUAAAAUUGUGCUUUUAGAAAUUUGUAUAUGUGUAAACUGUUUGAUGAAUUUUUAUAAUUCUCUGACCACAUGUGGAAUAAUCUGAUUUUUCAUAAAUAUGAAUGCAGAAAUCCUUUGCUUCCUAUAAUUAAUUCUGCAUUCCUUCAAAUCCAAAAUGCUGCUUCUAAUUUAAGUAUGCAGUACCAGUAUAUGGUAUUACAUUUGUAUUACUUUUACUUAUAGUGUUUGCAGUUAAUAAUACCAUGAUACCGUAUAUAUGCAACAUUUUUAAAAUAAAUAUUUGCUGUGGUUGAUUUUCCAACAAUAAAUGUAUACUUCACAUUCAGUAAAUUGUCAGCUAUCUGAAUGGUUGCUAUAUUCCUGAACACACAAAGUAAUUUUAAAAUGCUUGUGUUUCUACAAUUUUGAUGUCUUUUUAAUGAGCUCUUUACAAAAGUUGAUGCAUUUACCUUGUAUUUCUUACCAUGAGCAUACUUUAUUCCUUUGUUUCCCUUUAAUAUUUAGUGCUGAAAGUAGAUUGACUACUUGUUUAUUGCAACUCCAAACAAGAAAUAUUAUUUUCCUGCAAUUGCUGUAAUAAUGGCAUUAAUAGCUAUGGCACUACAGAAAAUUAAAAAUUAAUUUUUCUAAAGCUGUCUCUUGCAUCUCUUAACACAGUAUUUGCUUUCAUAGUUGUCAUGUAUUAAUACUAAAACUGAGUGGGUUAGAAAACAGUAACAUCAACAAAAUGUAAUGGAAAAGACUUGCUCAUUUAAAUAGACAAAUACUGAAUUCGAAAAUCUAUGGAUUUUGUUUUGUAUAUUGUAUUAAUAAAUUCAAAUUCAGAGUGCUAAUGUAUUGAAGGUGCUUCUGAAUUUCCAUCUGACCAUCUAAAUCCCGAAAAAAAGUAUAAAAUUUGACACAAAUAAAUUUGAGGAAAAUUAAAAAAAUUAUAAAUUUUUAAAUAAAUUUAGGAAAUAACAGUAUUAAUAAAUUUGAAGAAAUAACAGUACUAGUUCAUAUUUUGCAAUUGAUGUUUUAGUUACGCUUUCAUUGUCAGUGUAGUAUCUUGAAGCUUUUUAUUCACUUCUUAUUUACAUUGAAGAACAAUAAUUAUGUACUAAAUUUCAAUCUUAAAACAUAAAAGUUUCUCUCAGUUACAAUCCAAGAUUUAGCAGAUUUUUGUUUCUAUUGAGUGCUAUUAUUUUAACAUUCAUUGUAAUUUUUUUAUUGGUAAACCAUAUUUAAUAAAUAGCAUGAGUCAUUUGAAGGCAUACUGUUGUAUUUAUUCUAAGGAUUCAUGUUUUUCAUGUGAACUUUUCAGUAUAAUUCCCUACAUUAAGUAAAUUAAAAACCAUUUUUACUAAUAAAUUUUGUCACUUGGUAAGUUUUUAUUUAAUUUUUAGUUGGUGAAACAGUAUUUAUCAUGGAAGUAUGGGAUUGGAGUGAAAUUACCAGGAUGCAUUUGAUGAAUUGUACUACAGUCUUGAUAUAUGAAGGAUAUUUCUGAUCUGUUUUACAUCAGUCAUGCCUCAUAAUUUGUUUUAAAUUUUGAAAGUUAACCAAAAUUGGUAAUCCAUAAAGAGGCUCUAAAUUUUUCAGGCAUUAAGAUUGCCUAAUGAUUGAAGUAAAAUGUUAGUGCAUAGUAUAUUGUUAGAGUGAGUCAUUUGCUUUCAAUUUAUUUGUAUCUUAAAAGGCUAGUAUGAGAAUUUUGUGGAACAAAUUAGCAUUGAAGAACAUUAACUUGGAAAAGCAAUCAACUGAAAAAAGUAUGUAGCUUUGAAAAUAGCUGAAGCUUGAAUUAACUGAGGUAAUUUUAAAACUGAGCAAUCGUGGAGGGUUUUUGUUAAUAUGCAGAAAAGUUUUAAAAUUUACAUGUAUAAGCAACUGAAGCUUUUUUUUUUUUUUUUUUUUUUUUUUUGAAUCAAUAAAUUUCACCGUCGUUUGCAUUAUUGGUCACAGCUAAAAUUUUGGCAUUGGUAAUUAAUUGGUCAGAAGCUAGUAGUGAUUUCUAUGUGAUUAAGAAUAAUUUUAAUUUUAUGUUGUGAAUUUUAAUAGAAUUACAUGUAUUUUUUAGCUUAUCCAGAAUAUAGCGUGUACAGAGAGGUUUGCAUUUUGCCAAAACACCUGAAUAAAAUAUUUUGAACAUACUGUUUUAUGCUUUGUUUUAUUUUUAAUUGUCUUGAUUUACUAUGCCAAUGACAAAGGAUUAUUGUAAAUUAAAGAAUUCCUGGAAAUGUACUGCACUUUAAAUGAAAAUUAAUUACUGUCAUAGAAGUAUUUGCUUUUACUGAAAGCGCGAUUUUUAUAUUUAAGCAAGUAAGAAUGUUUGCUGUGAACUUAUUUUAAAUCAAAAUGUUUUAAAAUGUGUGUGCAUAAAGCUACUCACUGAGUUUUCUAAGCAUUUUGUUUUGCUUAAAAUUAGCUAAAAUUGCUGUAGAACCUUAAAAAUAAUAAUUAUGUGUGUUCAUUAUUUUUAAGAAAUACUAAUUUUUGAGUAAUGAAUAUUCAUCAGUAUUGUUUAAAAAAUUGAUGGAAAUAAUAGAUGUUCAUUCAUCACUUAGGAGUGCAGUAAAAACUUGACUAUCCGGCAUUCAGCUAACUAGAAAGCUUAAGUAACCGGAAUACUUUAGAAAAAAAUUCAGUAAAAGAGAUAUUUGUAAUGCCAUUAUAGAGCUUGAAAUACUAUUAACAUGUAUACAUGGGUGACAAUGUCAUUUAGCAACAAAAAGUAAUUGAUAAAGCAUGACAUUGCAACACAAUCUUGAGAUGUUCGUUUCAGUUUAAUGUGAAUUCGAUUAAUUCUUGCUAAGCCAGUUUAAUUUUUGUAAAGAAUGUUUUAAAUUCUAUUUUCCCUAGAAUUUUCAAGGGAAAAAAAAAAGAUUAAUAUUUGUUGCUGCAUGAACUGGCGUAUUUUCGAGAAUCGAAGGCGUCAAUAAAAGCCACAAUAUGUGACUUUGAAAACGAAUAAACUGGCACUGUAACGUGAACAAUUAUAACGAAUUUGUAUCUUUUAAUUACUUAACUAACUAAAGAAUGAUCUGUUCAUUUCAACUUCUGCCACAAUGAUCAACAACAUCUCCACCAAGUUUCAUGUUUGGCAUGAUUUCAUAAUCAGAUCAGAAGUUUAAAGCCUACAAAAUACAUUGGCUUUUAUGUGCGAAAUGCAACUUUUUUUAAAAAUUUAUUAUAAGUGUAUGAUUUUGGUAUUCAAGCUGGUAAGAAUAAUGUGACUGUUGUUUUUCCCUUUUCUGACUUAUACUCAGAAAAGUGGUUACUCAGCUAUCUGGAAUUUGACAUUUCUGAAGCUCUCCUGAGUAUUUAAUAUGAUCUGAAAAGUUCGAGCUCUAUUAUGUUAUUCAAUUAAGUAUAUAUUCUAGUUUAAACUGCAAGUAUAAUCACAUUGUGCAUAUUAUAAGAGACAUUUCCAAAGCUCUCGUGAGCAUUUAAUGUGAUCUGAAAAGUUCGAGCUCUAUUAUGUUAUUCAAUUAAGUAUAUAUUCUAGUUUAAACUGCAAGUAUAAUCACAUUGUGCAUAUUAUAAGAGAAUUGAUGUAUUGACAUGUUUUAGUUAGUUAUUUAAAAUUAUUAUGAAACUUAUGAAAAUAUCUUCUUUUUUGGGAGAUUAAUGGGCCUGCCUGAUAAAGGUUGCUUUUAGUGAAUUAUUUACUAAAGCAUGAUAUGUAUUUAAAUGUAGAUUAAUUUCAAGUUUUAAAGACUGAUACAUAUAGAACAUAUCCCCCCCCCCCAAAGUUCACAGGGAAUGAGUGAAUUCUUGUUUUCCUCUCAGAUUAUUUGAUGUGAUUAAUUUAUAGCUCAAAAAUCCAUUCUUUAAUUUUGAAAGUAUUUCAUUGCAAAAAAUUUGCUUCUGACUUUUUAUAUUUGUAUAUAAUUCCAGUCCUUCCAUACAACACUUCUUCAUUGAUAUUUUAAUUAAAUUGUAUUAUUUGCAUUCCAUUUAUAAUCAAAUCUUACUGUAUUUGGCAUAUAAAGGGCAAUUAGUCACUUUGCUUGUUUUACUAUGCCCUCUUGUGAUAUAUUAAAUGCUGAUUUUUUUAUAUUAUCCUUUUAAUUUUUGUAAUUAGUUUAUCAGAAUUGUUUGUCAUUUUAAUUUAAAUUAAAUUUUUAUAUAUGUUUUUAUAUUUUAGAGGUUCAUACAUUUUGUAUUUAAGUGAAUACCUCAGGUUGGAUUUUGAGUCAUUAAAGUAUUGUAUUUCAUCUUAUUUAGAAAAAUAUGUUUUUGGUAAAAUAUUUUAAGUGAAAUCCUUUGUAGUGUGUACAAAUGUUUACAAUAUCUAAAGCUUGUGUAAUACCAUAUUUUUAAAGAUAACUUUUGUAUGAAAAUAUGAAUAAACUAUUCAUAGGCACCUA